AGACUGUUCAGUGACAAAUGUACCACUAUUCCGUUAGAUGUAGGUAGCCCGUGUGCUCCAGUAUGGACCCACUGUUGACGUCGCGGCUAUUGUUGUGAUUCCGCGAUUUGGGUGACAGCUCCCGUGGAUCUAAAAUUUCAGGAGCGACGGAAGAAUGAGAAGAGGGAAUUAUAAUAUUUCUACUGCACGGAUAGCGCAGAGAGAUAUCCACGAUAAAAGGUAAAUAAUAAUCGAUCUAUUUCCUUUAUUGUUGUCUCGCCAUUCGUGUAGAAUUCCCCUGCUGGUAUAACGCUACAUUAUAGGCUAUGAAAAUGCUGAUGAAUGCCACAACACUCGCUCGUGCGGUCGUGUUUAGCCUUUUGUGUGUUGCCUGUAUUGCUUUUGCUAUAGGCUACAGUUUUGCGUCUCCACAACCUUACAGUUAUGCUCUGACAUAAUGAUCAUAUAGCAAAUACAUAAUAGGUUUAGUUAUAGUUAAUAUUUUCUUGUAAUUUGCCCAAUGAAUGAUGAAAGGUUUGCCUUAAUCUGCUUUUUCAGAAUAGUCAAUUUCACACCCUAAUCAUAGAAUUAUAAGCUAUGAAUGUCAUUACAUUUUAUCCACAACCGACAAAAUCCCCUUGAUAUCACUGUAGCUUUUGUCUGUAGCAUGGCGAAUAUGGUUAUAAACAGAAACACUACAGUAACUUGAUUUCCUGCUUAGGAUAGGAUUCAAUAGAUGGAUUUGCAUAGGUUGGCCAGCGUGAAAUACACAGAAACAGUAUCUUUAUUGUUUUACAAUAUUAUAUAUGCACUAUCAAUCGUUGUGGUAAUGCACAAUUAGUUAUGUAAUGAAAGAAUGUGUGUGUGUGUGUGUGUGUGUAUGUGCGUGUGUUCCUGUGCCUGUGCAUGUGUUCUUAACUAAUUCCCUUUGCAUCUGUGUGUGUGUGGGUCAACUUCCUCUGGGCCAGAUGUAAAGUCAAUCAGUUGGGGCACGACCGGCUACUUAAACCCUCUCUGGUCCCUCUUCCGGCCUCUGCCCUGCCAACAGAAACUCUGUAUGCCUGCUAUGAUUUCAGACCACUGACCACAUGGCAGUUUCUGCAAGAUGCUUUGAAUAGUAUGCAGCACAUUCAGUGCUUUAUAAAAGCGAGGAUCGCCAUCGCCUGUGUUCCCUCUUCUGAGUUUGUUGUUCUGAAAGUAAGACCAGAGAUAAAGAGGUGAAGCUGUUACUGACCAUCAGUAGCCUACCAUAUUGGUAUUGAUGUCUCCCGAACUGAGACCUCUGUUCCUUUGGUUAGGAGGGGUGUGUUGUCACUUUUCCUUUUGCCCAUUAAGAAAACCAAACAAAUGUUAGGCUACAAGGUGGAGGCCAGGAGGGUCAAAUGUCUUUCUCCUUGUAGUCACUGGUUGGACAGACAUCAGUAUCUGCUGACCAUGUAGCACCAGGUGUACUGUACUGUGUAGACUUCAGCCGAAGUCUCAGUCAUCUCCCCUGCUGUGUUUUAUUUGUGCCAAUGAGUGUCUGGCAGACAUGUGCUUCGUCCUCUACCUCACUGAAUUAUUAAAUAGGUCUAGCCUACAUUCACAUUCUAGACAUUCAGUCCUGUCUGUGGUACCUUAAAGCAUCCAUGUAGUCUUUGUAAUUUGUAUUUUGAAAUCAUAACUAUAUGUCUAAUAAAUCACUGUGUGUGUUUUAUAUUAAUGAAAAGAACUCCAAAAUAUAUUUUUUAUCAAUUAUUUCCCUGACUAUCCUUUGGCCUUGAAAUACUCAGUCUGAUUGUGUGGGCGUUAUGAAACAAAUGUGAAGAUAUUUACAUACACAGCCCUGAUUAGCUGAUAGGAUCGUCUAAAGCUCACCCCUUAGCCAGAUGAACAGUCAUUGGUCUAUUAUAAUCAGAUCACAUUGUGAUGUCAUGAUGUGGGCCAAAAGUUCCAUCCCACCUGAACAGGCUGAAAUUCCAGGCAUUUUUUAAAACAGCUCUUACACAAAAAGGCCAUUAUUAUCAUUUUCACAAUUUCAGUGUUAUUUCGACCUCAUGGAAAUAUAUAAAAGGAAAAUCACGUUUUUAACUGCACUGCCCCUUUAAGUUGGCUACUCCUGGCCAGUGUGUGUGCAGAGUUUUGUUCAAGCCCAGCAUGAACAAACCUGAUUGAAACAAUUGUGAUCAUCAGGUUAGACCACAGUUAGCUCCAUUGGAUGUUUUGAAGCCAGGCUGGAACAAAAGCCUCCCCACACUUUCUCUGACCCUGUUCUAGCUGCAUUUGCCUGACUGCCUGUGCUUGACACAUUGAUGUCCAAUAUGUGCCCCCUCAAAAUGAAUACCAUAAACAGUACAGUUAUCUUUCAUUAGACUUGUGCCAUGCCCAUGUUGCAUGUAGUUGGAAACAACAUUAUGGAAACGUCUCCAUUCAGUGGUUGAAAGCCAGUCACAUAACUUCAGUUAAGAGAUACCAGAGUGAUGGAAUUACAUUUCCUUUCCAUUAUCGCACUGCUUUGCUUAUCUUGGCCAGGUCGCAGUUGUAAAUGAGAACUUGUUCUCAACUGGCUUACCUGGUUAAAUAAAGGUUAAAUAAAAAAAUAAAAAUAUAAACAUUUCCUUUGUUCUGAAGAUGCCUUGUAGUCAGGUUGGAAAAAACAACCAUUGGCUGUGUAAUCCUGGCAUCAAAGAUAGUGAUAAGAUCCAGAUGGUGGAUGUGUCCUGCUGUGGUCCAGAUUAUGACUGAUCUGGAACCAGGACACUGGUAAUGAUGCAGCCCAUGGAAAGUGUGGAUUAACUGGGAUUAGGCAUAUCCCGCUGUUUUGUUUUGGCGAGUACAGUAUAAACAUUCUUGUACUGGAGGGAUCCCACUGAUAAGGUCUGUUCGUAUGAUGGAUUGAGUGAAAACCUGUGCUUGUGGGGUGUAGCACCACAGAGGCAUAGGCAUAAAUAUGCUACACUCUGUCAUGUGUGAAAAGGUAAACUCAGUGAGGUCAGAAAGCUUUGUAACAGGUUGGAGGGCCGUGAAAUCAAUAUUCACCUCUCAAUCAAAAGCAAACUGCUGUAGGCCUACACUGGCUAUCCAUCUUCUCAAACAGGCCUACACAACGUACAGUUGAGGACCCUUGAAAAUAUUGCCUUCAUACUUUUUGGAUGAUUAGCAUGACAUAAUUGUGUGUGCGUGAGGUAGAUUCCUGUGUAGGAGGGUGCAGAGAGAGAGGGGAAGGCAGGAGGAAGGUGGGGGUUAGCAGGUACUGUCAGCCAAACACUGGCAGGACUCUUGGUUCCCAGGGGGCUUAUAUUACUGAUCCACAGAAACACUGAUAUCCUCUUCACACACUGCCAACACACUGUACAUCCACAUAGCGCUCUGCUUCUCAAACCCGUGUUCUAUUUAGCUUUCACACAUUCAAAUCUGCCGUUUUUACUUUGUUUUUAUUAUGUUACUCAAUAGACACACACAGAGGCCCACCAUGUUUAAAACUAUCCCACUACUAAAGGCAUGUGAAGUGCAUUCAGCCAUAGUGUGACACUGUGUCAACACUGAGCUGAGGAGUGGACACAUGCUGGACAGAGCUCUUCAGGCACAGUGGCCAGGAGAAGGUUACAGGCUUAUGAUCAACAUUACUGUUAAUUAACCAACUGAAUGGACAAAAACAUAAUCUCCUCUUUAUACAGACCCGCUUUUUUAAAUUCAUCACUGAUGUGUAUCCAGUAGUCAGUUAGACCGACAUAUAGGGUUGGCUUGCUAGCAUGCUGUAAAAUGAAGAUGUGCAUGUCUGUUAUAUUUUUGCAGACACAUUUGCCCACAACCAUGCAAACCAAAGCAUCUCUGAUUUGAAAUCGUUUCUGUUUUAUUUUCCUUUUCAGAUAUUGACAUGAAGAAAGACAUUGAGACGUUGAUAGCAGAGGAACGCGCUGACAUCAUCUUGAAAUAUGAUACGGUGGGUGACGUUCAACAAAUACACUGUUCAGAGGGUUUUAGGAUGCUGUAAACUGUUUUUAAAGCUCUAGAAUUGCCAUGUGCACUUCCACCUUAGUUAUUUCUCAUUUACCGAUGACCAAAAUAGCCCAAUCGACCUGUCCAACAAAUGCCUCUACAGUUGGAGAACUCCUAGAUAAGGUUUGAAAGUUCACAGACAUCAGUUCAGUCAUUACAGAGUUUCAGUAACAGUCAAAUUAGUCACAUAGCAUAGCAAUAGGGCUAUUUAGCUCCAGGCCUGCAUUGAUGUAUCCAUGAAUGUUAGUCUAAGACUGGUCUUCUUAUGUAGGUAGACUGCACCACCUCCAUCACCUCCAUAAACAAGGAAAUAGAUCAACCACACCAGUCAAAACCAAACAGCAAAGGUGUUGUUAUGUCCACACAUAAGCAAGUGCAGUUUGUAAUGCAUAUCCUUGAUAAUCAGAUGUUGAUUCACUUGGCCUGAGUUUGUACUUUAAAUAACAUGCAUUCCAUCUUCAGUACAUGUCAUGGAGUUAUCCCAUCUGACUGUACCACAUGUCCUCUCUGUCUGUGUGUUGUCCAUCUGUUCACACAGGAGGAAGAGUUCAUACUUGUUUGAGCGUGUUGUUAAAAAGCGUGACUGUCGCUCUAAGAGGGAUAAGAAAGAGAAACUGACGGUGUGUUUGUGUGUUGCUAAGCAUUGUGUGUGUGGGUUGAUGAAGAAGCCUAAUAGCAUGCUUGUGGUUUGUUGUGUAACAGAAAAUUAUUAUAUAAUAUAAUAUGAUGUUGAGGAGAUUUAGACACACAUAUGCAGCUAAAAUAGUCACAGUUGCCAGGCAAAUGCAAUCAUACUUUAAGAGAGAUGACGUAGGCCUAUCUGUGUUGUAUGUUGUUAAUUCUAUAAAACCUAGAGAAGCAUACAUUAUAAAAUGAUAGAUUAUGCAGUCUAUUUAGUACAAACUAGAGGUCAUGAACUUCAAGCGACCCAAAUUUCCCUAGCAAUAUCUGUCUUACAGUGUCCCCUCUUCAAAUUGGGGUCAGCAGACAUGCUGACACUGGAAAGAGCAAGAGGGACGGAGAGCGAGAGAGAGAACUACAGCGAAUGAGACAGAGUUGACACUCAAAAUAGCAAGAGAGAGAGAGAGAGUAGGAAUGAGACAGAGUUAAAUUUAGCUCACAGGCAACAAGACAUGGGUACAUACUGUAUAUAGGAUCUUAAUUUGAGCCAGUUUGCUACAGCAGGAAAAUAAUCCUGCAGCAACAAGAAAUGUGAGUUAUUAUGUGGAUUAUAAUUUAUGGACAUUUUUGUAGGGGUUGAUACAUUUUUUUGUAAGGGAAAACUAAGUCGGAUAUUUCAAAGUUGAAAUUACAAACUUUAAAAGCCCUUUUUUAACCCUAAAUGCACUACAAGUGAAAAAUGUGCUGCAUUGCAGGAAGUUAUCCUGCACUAGGGUGAUCGUAUUAAGAUCCUACAUCUGUAGAGGGGACCCUGUCUGGCCUUAGCAACACCUGUGACAACGGCCAUAGCUAGACCAUCGAUCGAUUACCCCAUGGUCUCUUGAAGCUACUGAACCAUAAUAGAAAUCAGCUGAUUACUGUCUGUCUGUAGGAUUCUACUGUCUAUAUGGUAUUUGACUUCUGUAGCUCAAUUGGUAGAGCAUGGUGCUUGUAACGCCAGGGUAGUGGGUUCGAUCCCCGGGACCACCCAUACGUAAAAAUGUAUGCACACAUGACUGUAAGUCGCUUUGGAUAAAAGCGUCUGCUAAAUGGCAUUAUUAUUAUUAUUAUUAUUAUUGACUUCUGAACAGAAGUAGCACAUACUGUCUCAGACCUCAGGUGGUGACAGUACAGACAAAAUGUUUCUAGUGCAAUUCACCAUGGGUGUUCUGUUUAUUGUAAUGUGCAGAUGGCUUAGUCAGGGUGCCAUUUCUGUUUCUGUUUGGCAAAGACAACAACUUGGCUGCCCUUUGAUGUUGUCUUGCCAAAUAAGGUUAUGACUUAUUAUACAACGGGUGGGUCUAAUCCUGAAUGCUGAUUAGUUAAAACUGCAUUCCAGACAGUGUCUAUUCCACAAGUUAAGUCUAUGAUGUUAAAAUGCCUAUUUACUCUGUCCCAUCUGACUGCGCAAUCCACUGUCUCAUCAGCCCAGCCAGGCAAUUUAUAAACUUGAUCUCCACUAUAAAAAGCAUCUAGACAUUAUCUCACAUUUCUUAUAGACUAACAUUUAGUUUUCAACAGUAGAGAUUUGUAUAAACCUUGCUGUCUGUCUCUCCGACAUUUGCAACAUUGUUUCAAUAUUCAAAUUCGAUCUCCAGCUGUCGCAUAGUAAUGAACGUGUCAGGAGUCGGGAUGAGACAGACAGGCAGGCAGCUUUUCUCAGCCAGUCGAAAUCAUAAAUCAGCAUCAUUUUUAUGGAUAUAUACAAAUAAAUAUCAAUAAAAAACAGGUAAAACGAAACAAUAACAGCUAGUUUGCAGUCUUUCCAGCUUCAGUUUGAAGUGAUUGUGUUAGCUGUAUUGUUGGCUAGCUCCUCUGAACAGUAGUGUCCUGAUGAUAGAGCACAUUUUCUAAGCCAGGUGAAAUCGCGCAUUAUUAGCUCAUUGUUAUGGAUGUAUCAAAUAAAUGUCACUAGAAAACAGCUUAAACAAAUGCAAAUAAAUAAAAUGGUAUUGGUCACAUACACAUAUUUAGCAGAUGUUAUUGUGAGUGUAGCGAAAGGCUUGUGUUCCUAGCUCCAACAGUGCAGUAGUGUCUAACAAUUCACAACAAUACACACAAAUCUAAAAGUAAAAUAAUGGAAUUAAGAAUAUAUAAAUAUUAGUAGAAUACUGUAUAUACAUAUGAAAUGAUCAUAUGUAUGUAUGUAAACAUUAUUAAAGUGACUAGUAAAACAUUAAAGAACACCCUUUGUGUUCUGUUAGACAGGUAAUUCUUUAUCCACAAUAUAGCAGGGGGUGUAAAGCCAUAACACAUAAGUUUUAUCAGCAGCAGACUGAUUGAUAAUGUCAAUAGCCGCACUGAAGUCUUACAAAACAGCCCCCACAAUCUUUUGAUCAUCAAUUUCUCUCAGCCAAUCAUCAGACAUUUGUGUAUGUGCUGUGCUUGUUGAAUGUCCUUCCCUAUAAGCGUUCUGAAAGUCUGUUGUCAAUUUGUUUACUGUAGAAUAGCAUUGUAUCUGGUCCCAAUUAUUUAUUUAUAAGUUUACUAAGUGUACCAACAGGCUGAUUGGUCGGCUAUUUGAGCCAGUAAAGUGGGCUUUACUAUUCUUGGGUAGCGGAAUUACUUUUGCUUCCCUCCAGCCCUGAGGGCACACACUUUCUAAUGGCUUAGAUUGAAGAUAUGCCAAAUAGGAGUGGCAAUAUCAUCUGCUAUUAUCCCCAGUAAUUUUCCAUCCAAGUUGUCAGACCCAGUGGCUUGUCAUUGUUGAUAGACAACAAUACUUUUUUUUCCCUCUUCCACACUCACUUUACGGAUUAAAAAUGUGGUCAGUUAUACUUGGAUGUGUAGUGUCGGCGUAUGUUGCUGGCAUUUCAUGCCUAAAUUUGCUAAUCUUGCCUAUGGGCAAUAUCAGUGGAUUUUGUGAUGAAUGAGCCAUCUGAUUCAAUGAAUGAUGGAGCUGAGUUUGCCUUUUUGCCCAAAAUUUCAUUUAAGGUGCUCCAAAGCUUUUUACUAUCAUUAUUUAUAUCAUUAUCACUUUGUUUCAUAGAAUACAGUGCCUUGCAAAAGUAUUCAUCCCCCUUGGCAUUUUUCCUAUUUUGUUGCAUUACAACCUGUAAUUUAAAUGGAUUUUUAUUUGGAUUUCAUGUAAUGGACAUACACAAAAUAGGCCAAAUUGGUGAAGUGAAAUGAAAAAAAUAACUUGUUUCAAAAAAUUCUAAAAGAUAAAUAACGGAAAAGUGGUGUGUGCAUAUGUAUUCACCCCCUUUGCUAUGAAGCCCCUAAAUAAGAUAUGGUGCAACCAAUUACCUUCAGAAGUCACAUAAUUAGUUAAAUAAAGUCCACCUGUGUGUAAUCUAAGUGUCACAUGAUCUCAGUAUAUAUACACCUGUUUGAAAGGCCCCAGAGUCUGCAACACCACUAAGCAAGGGGCACCACCAAGCAAGCGGCACCAUGAAGACCAAGGAGCUCUCCAAACAGGUCAGGGACAAAGUUGUGGAGAAGUACAGAUCAGGGUUGGGUUAUAAAACUUUGAACAUCCCACGGAGCACCAUUAAAUCCAUUAUUAAAAAUGGAAAGAAUAUGGCAUCACAACAAACCUGCCAAGAGAGGGCCGCCCACCAAACUCACGGACCAGGCAAGGAGGGCAUUAAUCAGAGAGGCAACAAAGAGACCAAAGAUAACCAUGAAGGAGCUGCAAAGCUCCACAGUGGACAUUGGAGUAUCUUUCCAUAGGACCACUUUAAGCCGUACAAUCCACAGAGCUGGGCUUUACGGAAGAGUGGCCAGAAAAAAGCCAUUGCUUAAAGAAAAAAACAAGCAAACACGUUUGGUGUUAGCCAAAAGGCAUGUGGGAGACUCCCCAAACAUAUGUAAGAAGGUACUCUGGUCAGAUGAGACUAAAAUUUAGCUUUUUGGCCAUCAAGGAAAACGCUAUAUCUGGCGCAAACCCAACACCUCUCAUCACCCCGAGAACACCAUCCCCACGGUGAAGCAUGGUGGUGGCAGCAUCAUGCUGUGGGGAUGUUUUUCAUCGGCAGAGAUUUGAGACUGGGACAGAGGUUCACCUUCCAGCAGGACAAUGACCCUAACCAUACUGCUAAAGCAACACUUGUGUGGUUUAAGGGGAAACAUUUAAAUGUCUUGGAAUGGCCUAGUCAAAGCCCAGACCUCAAUCCAAUUGAGAAUCUGUGGUAGGACUUAAAGAUUGCUGUACACCAGUGGAACCCAUCCAACUUGAAGGAGCUGGAGCAGUUUUUCUGUGAAGAAUGGGAAAAAAUCCCAGUGUCUAGAUGUGCCAAGUUUAUAGAGAUAUACCCUAAGAGACUUGCAGCUGUAAUUACUGCAAAAGGUGGCUCUACAAAGUAUUGACUUUGGGGGGUGAAUAGAUAUGCACGCUGAAGUUUUCUGUUUUUUUGUCUUAUUUCUUGUUUGUUUCACAAUAUAAAAUAUUUUGCAUCUUCAAAUUGGUAGGCAUGUUGUGUAAAUCAAAUGAUACAAACCCCCCAAAAAUCCAGGUUGUAAGGCAACAAAAUAGGGAAAAUGCCAAGGGGGUUGAAUACUUUCGCAAGCCACUGUAGUUUCUUCUUAUUUUUAUUAAGUUUAGUCACUAAUUUCUCAAUUUGCCAAUCGGUUGUGCUGCCAGACUUAUUUGCCCUACCUUUUGCCUCAUCCCUCUCAACCAUACAAUUUUUAAAUUCUUCAUCAAUCCAAGGGGAUUUAACAGUUUUUUUUACAGUCAUUUUCUUAAUGGGUGCAUGCUUAUUAGUAACUGGAAUAAGCAUUUCAUAUAUGUGUCAAAUGCACACAUCACAUACCAGCAAAUAUUAUUUACAUCAUCAACAUAAAAAUCACUACAGAACUUAUUGUAUGACCUCUUAUGCACUAUAUUAGGCCCAGCUUUUAAUAUAUACCGGCCAAUAUAUUGUGAUCUCUACAUCCAAUAGCUUUGGAUACUGCUUUAAAGCAAAUUUCUGCAGCAUUAGUAAAGAUGUGAUCAAUACAUAUUGAUGAUUUCAUUCCUGUGCUGUUUGUAGCUACACUGGUAGGUUGACUGAUAACUGAAACAGGUUGCAGGCACUGGUUACAGUUUGAAGCUUUUUCUUGAGUGGGUAGCUUGAUGAAAGCUAGUCAAUAAUGAAAUCACCCAGAACUGUUGAUAUCACCUCUCUGUUGAUAUCAUAUACAUUACCAAGCAUUUCACACAUAUUAUCCAGAUACUGACUGUAAGUGCUUGGUGGUCUAUAGCAGCUUCCCACAAGAAUGGGCUUUAGGUGAGGCAUAUUACUUGAACAGUAUUUAACCUGAGAUCCUCUCUAAGCUUUACAGGAAUGUGGUUCUGAACACUGCCCCCAUUGGCAUUUCUGUAUUUUCUGUAGAUGCUACCACUGUAUCAUCAAAGGUAUUAUCUAAGUGAGUUUCAGAGAUAGUCAGUAUAGGAAUGUAAUCUGUUACAAGCAAGUUAUUGAUUUCAGGAACCUUGUUUCUUAGGCUACAUAUGUUAAUGUGGGCUGUUUUUAGCACUUUUCUGGGAUGCUUGAUUGUUUCUAUUGCUUUAUUGGGAAGCUUAUCAGAAGUAGAUAUGCUCAUGUUAUUUAUAUUUGAGCUGAUAGUGCAGGGUGAGCUGCACACAGUGAACUUCCUACUAGGGCACACCGCCUCAGUAUAACUCUGGUUCAUAGGCACAUGAUUAUAGCAUACAACAUCUGUAGGAUCAACAGAGGCAUUCAGGGCAGUUAGGGGGACAUAAAGUAAGUUCCUUACAUUGUGUUUGCCAACUCCCCUGGGAUAAUGUACAUUAUGACAACUCAGCGACACAAUGGUAGGGAUUAAUUGAGCUGAUCUUGGGUCAUUGAUAAGUCAUUGUCUCAACGCUGCCUUGGAGUCCAGGAGCCAAGAUUAUUUGGAUGGACUCUGUCAUUCCUGUAGAGAAUCUUCUGUUUCCAGAAAGUGUCAAAGUUGUCUAUAAACGUGAUUCCAGCAGAGGUACAGUAAUCUUUUAGCCAGGUGUGUAAUGCCAGUAUGCUUGGAGGAACAUUGGAAAGUCCAAGCAGGUUCUCUGACCAUGUCUCUCUUUCUCGCUCUCUCCCCCUCUCUCACGCUUUCCACACAUCCCUUUCACUGUUAUAUCCAUCUCCCCCUUUCCUCUCUCUGCUUUCUCCCCCCAAAUGACUUCCACUAGGACCUAUUUUUAGCCCUCUCACUUUCUCUCGACUCUCUCUCUUUGCCCGCAACCUGCUUUCUGAUAGCUUUCUAUGCUUUCUAAUCGUUGGCCACAUCUAUGUUGUCCAUUGACUAGUCCUGAGAGAAAAUUGUCCUCUGCCCCUUGGGCAAUAUCUGUGCCACGAUGUACAUAUGGCAAUAGGAUUUUCUGUUAUAAUGGCCACGAUUUAACACAGCAUAGAUAGACACAAUGCAUCCAUUUGUAUCAUCUUUGAGACAGGCACAGCGAUGUGAUGCGCUUGUACUAAAAUCAAAUGUAUUGUUCUCAAGAGAACAGCAUGUGUUGUGUUUUUCCCAGUGGCUCCAAUACAAAGGCCUAACGCCUGACUUGAUUUAACAAUUUUAAAGCAACAGGCCAACUUACUGCAUGUUUUCCCUUGGCUGUGUGCUGUUUCUGAUGUGUGUGUGUGUGUGUCUGUGUCUGUGUGUUAUUCCAGGGCAGACAGGAGGGGGUGGAGAUUGACCCCUGGGAGGAUGCAGACUACAGUAUUUACAGAGUCACUGACCGUUUCGGAUUUCUGCAGUAAGUCAAACUGGGUUUGUGUGUACAGUAUUGUACACAUUACUUGACUGGCAGAAUCUGACUGUUGUUGUCCAUUCUUUUCCCACAGUGACGAGGAGUUGCCAACCCCUAGUGCACAUGAGGAGAAGGUAAGAAGAGGAAAUGCAUCAAAAGAGUCAAAGAGACACACUACAGUUUCCGUUAGGUGGUGUACUGAAGCCACUAACUAACAUUUCAAGUGUGACCUCUAACAUAUGGAGGUGUAAUGUUCCUUGUGCAGCUGUAGUGUGUGUGUGUUUGUGUGUAUGUGUGUAUUAGCCAAUCCUUGCCCUCCCGCUAACCUAGUGAAACCCUGUAGCAGGGCCACAUGCCCCAGGCAUCCAUCUAAGGCGAAGCCGAUCCUUAGGCAUCUCACACACUCCUGGAAUGAGAGCUACGCUUGCUCACACCUUAGAACCGGUCAUGUGGUCGUGAUUGAUUAAAUUACUUCCACAUCUAACCUUGGGCAGAAUUUGAUAAGCUCUCCUCAAUGUUAAAUGUCAAUACAGUACAAACCAGAACAUGCCAGUCAUAGCAGUGGGGGCAGGACACCAGGUUCUCAAGUCAAGUGAUCUUUUAUAUGAUCCCACGAAGGGAGUUCAUUUGGUUGUAGUUUUAGGAGAAACAUUGUAAUACUGUGUUCUGUACUGUACUAUACUGUAUGUGUAAAUGCGUCUUGUUAAUGUAAUGUGUCUUCAUUUUGCAUACAUAAUAUUUCACCUAGUUUAAAAUGUAUUUUCUGUUUCGCCCUGACAGAAAAAGAACCUGGAAAUUGAAAGGGUGGAAAAAUGGCUGAAGAUGGUGAAGAAAUGGGAUAAAUACAGGAACAGUGACAGGGUGAGAAUAACUCUCUCUCUCUCUCUCUCUCUCUCUCUCUCCCUCUCUCUCGCUCACACAGACACACACUACACCCAUUCACUUGUGUUUCUAAGUGUUUAUAUUAGCCUGAAAUGCUCACUCAACAUUUACACUCCACCCUCAACUCCCCAUUUGUCUAACCCCUGUCUCCCCUGUGUUCCCCUGCUCUCCUCUCAGAUGGUAAAGCGUGUGUAUAAGGGUAUCCCCCUGCAGCUGAGAGGCCAGGCCUGGGCCCUGAUGCUGGAUGUGGAGAAGGUGAAGAAUGAGAACAAGGGGAAGUAUGAGGUAAGAGAGUACCCAGUAUAUAACAUGCACACACACACACACACACUGUUGGUUCAUCAAGCAUCUACUCUAAACAGUGCAUAGGUGUUUACCAACACACAGAGAUUUGAUACCGUGCUCGAACCAGCACGUUUCAGUCUAAAGCCAGUGGUCACUCAGGACCACUAAACAAUGAAAUCUCUGCUGUUAUGAUUUGAAGCCGACUGCUACUUCAGGUCUCUGGGAAAGUGAUGUCAUUGUGCUAUGCUACGCAAUCAGUAACCAGGUUCACUACAUGGGCAGAGUACAUGAAAAAAAAAUUAUUCAACAAUAUUGAAUACCCUAUUCCCGGCCAGAGAUAAAUACCCUGUGAUUCAACAAUGGUGUGAUACGGUAAUGUCCAUGUCCUCCCCCUCCAGUGGUACAGUGGCUUCAGAAAGUAUUCACACCCCUUGAGUUUUUCCACAUUUUGUUAUGUUACAAAGUGGGAUAAAAAUGUAUUUUGUCAACGAUCUACACAAAAUUCUCUGUAAUGUCAAAGUCGAAGUAAAAUGUAUUAAUGGAACAUAAAACACUAAUAUAUUUUGAUUAGAUAAGUAUUCAGCCCCCUGAUCAAUACAUGUUAGAAUCACCUUUGGCAGUGAUUACAGCUGUGAGUCUUCAAGCUCUGUCAGGUUGGUUUUUGAUCAUUGCUAUACAGCUAUUUUGAGGUCUUGCCAUAGAUUGUCAAGCCGAUUUUAAGUCAAAACUGUAACUAGGCCAGUCAGGAACAUUCAAUGUUGUCUUGGUAAGUAACUCCAGUGUAUAUUUGGCCUUGCGUUUUAGGUUAUUGUCCUGCUGAAAGGUGGAUUGUCUGCCAGUGUCUGUUGAAAAGCAGACUGAACCAGGUUUUCCUGUAGCUUGUGCUUAGCUCUAUUCCUUUUCUUUUUAUCCCCCCAAAAAACUCCUUAGCCCUUGCCAAUGACAAGCAUACCCAUAACAUGAUGCAGCCACCACCAUGCUUGAAAAUAUGAAGAGUGGGACUCAGUGAUGUGUUGUGUUGGAUUUGCCCCAAACAUAAUGCGUUGUAUUCAGGACAAAGAGUUCAUUUCUUUGCCAUAUUUUUUGCAGUAUUACUUUAGUGCCUUAUUGCAAACAGGAUGCAUGUUUUGGAAUAUUUUUUGCUAUACAGGCUUCCUUCUUUUCACUCUGUCAUUUAGGUUAGUAUUGUGGAGUAACUACAAUGUUGUUGAUCUAUCCUGGGGUCCCCUGUAGAGCAUGGCGCUUGCAACGCCAGGGUUGUGGGUUCGUUUCCCAUGGGGGGCCAGUAUGAAAAUGUAUGCACUCACUAACUGUAAGUCGCUCUGCAUAAGAGCGUCUGCUAAAUGACUCAAAUGUAAAUGUAUCCUCAGUUUUCUCCUUUCACAGCCAUUUAACGCUGUAACUGGUUUAAAAUUACUAUUGGCCUCGUGGUGAAAUCCCUGAGCGGUUUCCUUCCUCUCCCUCAACUAAGUUAAAAAGGACGCCUGUAUCUUUGUACUGACUUUGUGUAUUGAUACACCAUACAAAGUGUAAUUCAUAAUUUCAACAUGCUCAAAGGGAUAUUCAAUGUCUGCUUCUUUUUGUUUUACCCAUCUACCAGUAGGUGCCUUUCUUUGCGAGGCAUUGGAAAACCUCCCUGGUCUUUGUGGUUGAAUCUGUGUUUGAAAUUCACUGCUCGACUGAGAUAAUUGUAUGUGUGGGGUACAGAGGUGGGGUAGUCAUGAAAAAAUUAUGUUAAACACCAUUAUUGCACACAGAGUUGGUCCAUGCAACUUAUUAUCUGACUUGUUAAGCAAAUUUUUACUCCUGAAGUUAUUUAGGCUUGACAAAGGGGUUGAAUACUUAUUGACUCAAUAAAUUUCAGCUUUUUAUUUUUAAGACAUUUGUAAAAAUGUCUAAAAUCAUAAUUCCACUUUGACAUUAUGGGGUAUUGUGUGUAGAUCCGUGACACAAAAUAAAAAUGUAGUCCAUUUUAACUUCAGGCUGUAACAAAAUGUGGAAAAAGUCAAGGGGUGUGAAUACUUUCUGAAGCCACUAAGACAUACAGUACAUGAACAUAUGUAGGAGUGUGCUGAUCUUCCCCCACAUAUUGCAGCCAGAAGCCAGAGUGCUGAACACAAAAUAUUGUAAUGUUAUACACCAAGACCAUUUCAUGUUUAUAGGACCAUUACUUUAACUACGCCCUCUCCCACCCACCCAUCGCUACAUUCAGCAGGAUUAAUAAUAGUGACAUUGUUUUUGAUUGUUUGUUGGGUGCGGCUCCAAAAAGAGAGAGGAUUAUGUUACUGUAUGUGAGAUGAAAACAGGACAGAUGGCGUUGACAUGGAGAUACAAAAAUCACACGCACAUCACACAAUAACAGAGUUUUACUGACAGGGGAUUAUGGCUUUUGAUAUAAAGUUAAUAUAAAAAUAUGUUGCCCAUGUAGUCCCCUGUAGCUCAGUUGGUAGAGCAUGGCGCUUGCAACGCCAGGGUUGUGGGUUCGUUUCCCACGGGGGGCCAGUAUGAAAAUGUAUGCACUCACUAACUGUAAGUCGCUCUGAAUAAGAGCAGUCUGCUAAAUGACUAAAAUGUAAAUGUAAUGUUGCCUAAAUACUAUAGAAUCUAUGAUUUUGAAAAAAAGGUUUUUUUAAAGGUUUUUUCAAGAUUAAUCAUGUGUACUGUUGCUGUUCAUUUCUUUCUAAUACGUUUGAAGUGUGCAAGGGCUUUAGAAAAUUUAUAAAUUGUUUUAAUUGAAUUUUUCAGAGGAUGAAGGAACAGGCCAGAAUCUUCUCCCAGGAAAUCAAACAGAUAGAUCUGGACGUGAACAGGACGUUUAGAAACCACAUCAUGUUCAUGGAUCGAUUCGGAGUCAAGUAAGUCAGCAGCUGUAUUCUACAGUAAGGGUGGGUGUUCAUGUACGUCUUAGUGCUGAUCUAGGAUCAGAUCCCCCAGUCUAUUUAAUAUGGCUGCGGUUUCGGAUUUUCUGGAACCCGUGUUGCUAUUGAUACGUAUAUUUUUAGGUAGCUGCUGCCCGCUCUGCUGCCUAAGUAGCUCCCACUGCUCUGCUGCUGCUUCCCCCUCAUUGACAAGGAGGGGGAAACUUCAUGUUGUACACAAAAGACAUGGUCGACAUGUUCGGACAAACUUUGUUGUCUGUUGUAACAGUAUUGCAAACAUAAGAACAACACAAAGGCAGUCUAUUUCAUGUUAUUAGGCAAGUACACUACGUGACCAAAAGUAUGUGGACACCUGUUCGUCGAUCAUCUCGUUCCAAAAUCACGGGCAUUAAUAAGAAGUUGGUCCCCCCUUUGCUGCUGUAACAGCCUCCACUCUUCUGGGAAGGCUUUCCACUCAGUGACAAAAGCAUUAGUUGGCACUAUGGAUUGGGGCAGGUAGCGUUCUCCUGGCAUCCGCCAAAUCCCAGAUUAUUUAGUUGGACUGCAAGAUGGUGAACGUGUUUCAUCACUCCAGAGAACACGUUUCCACUGCUCCAGAGUCCAAUGGUGGCGCGCUUUACACCACUCCUGCCGACGCUUGGCAUUGCGCAUGGUGAUCUUAGGCUUAUGUGCGGCUGCUCGGCCAUGGAAACCCAUUUCAUGAAGCUCCCGAUGAACAGUUAUUGUGAUGUGCUGACGUUGCUUCCAGAGGCAGUUUGGAACUCGGUAGUGAGUGCUGCAACCGAGGACAGACUAUUUUUUACGCGCUACACUCUUUAGCACUCUGCAUUCCCAUUCUGUGAGCUUGUGUGGCCUACCACUUCGCAGCUGAGCCGUUGUUGCUCCUAGACGUUUCCACUUUACAAUAACAGCACUUACAGUUGACCGGGGCAGCUCUAUUAGGGCAGAAAUUUGACGAACUGACUUGUUGGAUAGGUGGCAUCCUAUGACGGUGCCACGUUGAAAGUCCCUGAGCUCUUCAGUAAGGCUAUUCUACUGCCAAUGUUUGGCUAUGGAGAUUGCAUGGCUGUGUGCUCAAUUUUAUACACCUGUUAUCAACGGGUGUGGCUGAAAUAGCCAAAUCCACUAAUUUGAAGGGGUGUCCACAUACUUUGGAUAUAUAGUGUAUAUAUAACACAAGCAAGACACAGACAGGCAGUCAAAAAAGCAAAUUUUUUCUCAUCAUUGCAAACAGUGGCAAUUUUCUUUCCAUCAACUCUCACUACGAUAUGGCAGCAUGACUAUGAAGAUUAGCAUCAUAAAUAGUAGGCAGUCUAAAGCAGUAGUUAAGUGCAAUACCAUUGGAAAUUAAUGUUGAAAGUUACAUUUAUAUUCCUAAAACUUAAGUUGAAAAUGAUGCUGUCGCUGCUUCCUGUUGACAAGACCAUAUUGAUAAAUAGCCCAAUGUCAAAACACAGUUUUAAAGUGUCCAAAUCAAUAACCAAUACGCAGAAACAGUUUGUGAUAUAUUGAAACCUAAACAUAAAAUGUACUAUCUACACAUACAUGUGCAGGGUUGGGGUGGUAUGGGAGUGGGUUUGGAGUGGGUUUAGGGUUUCUGUGAUAAUGGUGUUGAUGUGAGCCAUGACCAGCCUAUCAAACUAAUAUCAGUAGAACAUGGACAAAACGUUUGGGGUGUAGCGCUGUUUAAACUAACACUAUGCAAAGGCCACACAGGAACUUGGAAUAACCUAUACAUGCUGUGACAUUAUAUUUUGGAAUGAUGGAUGUUGAUUUUGGGAGGCUGCCAUCACGGAAAAAGGAACAAACCACUUUUUCUGUUAGGUAACUUCAACGAAUCAUGACCCGCCAUAGGUUAUCAACAGCGACAACGUUGACUGCUAUUUAUGUGAUAUUUUGACUGUCAAGUCCAUUUAUUAAGAGACCGCCCUGAAUUUUCCAUGCCAUUUGAGAAAUAAAAUAAUAGCUGAGUUCUAAGUCCUGCGACCCCCAGCGUGUAUGUGUGGUGAUGUGAUUUGAAGGAGUCAGGCGCAGGAGGGUAAAUCACAGAAAAACUGGUUUAUUCCAUUGACACAGCGGUACGCAGCAAUUCGUCAAACACUCCAGUGCGGAAAAUGGUCCUCUGUAGCUCAGCUGGUAGAGCACGGCGCUUGUAACGCCAAGGUAGUGGGUUCGAUCCCCGGGACCACCCAUACACAAAAAUGUAUGCACACACGACUGUAAGUCGCUUUGGAUAAAAGCGUCUGCUAAAUGGCAUAUUAUUAUUAUUUUAUUAUUAAAAUUACAGCUCACUGGAAACAAAAAGGCACACGGGUGAAUAUCCCGGCAAUACAAAAUACAAGAGCUCCACCGAGCUAAACUAACCUCCACAAUAAACAAUCACACACAAAGACAAGGGGGCGAAGGGAACACUUAUACAGGUACUGAUUAGGAGAAUUGAAACCAGGUGUGUGUGUAAUAAACAAGACAAAACAAAUGGAAUGAUGAGAUGAGGAGUGGCAGUGGCUAGAAGACCAGUGACGACGAACGCCGAAGCCUUCCCGAACAAGGAGAGGAGGCAGCUUCGGAGGAAGUCAUGACAGUACCCCCUUGACGCGCAGCUCCAGCAGCACGCUGACACUGGCCUCGGGGACGCGGAGCAGGGCGAGCCGAAUGGCGACGGUGGAAAUCCUGCAACAGGGAGGGAUCGAGGAUAUCCCUCACCUGGACCCAACACCGCUCCUCCGGACUGUACCCCUCCCACUCCACGAGGUACUGAAGGCCCCCCACCUGACACCUGGAAUCCAGGAUGGAACGGACGGAGUAUGCCGGGGCCACCUCGAUGUCAAUAGGGGGCGGAGGGACCUCCCGCACCUCAGACUACUGGAGCGGACAAGCCACCACCGGCCUGAGGAGAGACACAUGAAACAAGGAGUUAAUACAGUAAUCGGGAGGGAGUAGUAACCUAUAUGUAACCUCGUUGAUUCUCCUCAGGACUUUGAACGGCCCCACAAACCGUGGGCUCAGCUUCCGGCAGGGCAGGUGGAGGGGCAGAUUCGGGGUCGAGAGCCAAACCCGAUCACCCGGUACAAAAACCGGGGCCUCACUGCGGUGGCGGUCAGCGUUGGCCUUCUGGCGACGCACUGCGCGCUGGAGGUGAACGUGAGCAGCUUUCCACGUCUCCUCCACACGCCGAAACCAGUCAUCCACCGCAGGAGCUUCGGUCUGGCUCGGAUGCCACUGUGCCUGAACCGGCUGAUAACCUAAGACACAUUGAAAGGGAGUUAGGUUAGUGGAGGAGUGGCGAAGAGAGUUCGGGGCAUAUACGGCCCAUGGCAAAAACAUCGACCACUCCCCGGCCGGUCCUGGCAGUAGGACCGCAGGAACCUACCCACAUCUUGAUUCACCCAUUCCACCUGCCCAUUAGACUCGGGGUGAAACCCAGAGGUCAGGCUGACCGAGACCCCCAGACAUUCCAUGAACGCCUUCCAGACCCUGGAUGUGAACUGGGGACACUGGUCAGACACUAUGUCCUCUGGCACCCCGUAGUGCCGGAAGACGUGAGUAAACAGGGCCUCCGCCGUCUGCAGGGUCGUGGGGAGACCAGGCAGACGAAGGAGGCGGCAGGUUUUUGAAAAACGGUCCACAACGACCAGGAUGGUGGUGUUACCCCUAGGUGCCUUAUUCUGGGCGCACACCGAGCAGGAGAAGACAUACACCCUCACGUCCUUAGCCAAGGUAGGCCACCAGUACUUUACGGUCAGGCAGCGCACAGUUCGACCGAUAUCUGGGUGACCAGAGGAGGGAGACGUGUGGGCCCAAUAGAUCAGACGGUCAUGGACAAGAAACGGCACAUACUGCAGCCCAGCUGGGCAGUGAGGUGGAGAUGGCUCUGUGCGUACCGCCCGCUCUAUGUCCACGUCCAUCGCCCAUACUACCAGCGCCACAAUGCCGGAGGCCGGGAGUAUGGGGGUGUACAUCUCCUCUAUGUCAUACAGUCGUGACAGCACGUCUGCCUUCACGUUCUUCGCACCCGGGAUGUAUGACAGAGUAAACUCAAACCGGGUGAAGAAUAGGGCCCACCUGGCCUGGCGAGGGUUCAGCCUCCUUGCUGCCCAGAUGUACUCCAGGUUACGGUGGUCCGUCCAGACGAGGAAAGGGUGUUUCGCCCCCUCGAGCCAGUGCUUCCAAACUGUCAGGGGUCUGACUAAAGCCAACAGCUCCCGAUCACCAACGUCGUAGUUCUGCUCCGCCGGGCUGAGCUUCUUGGAGAAGAAGGCACAGGGGCAGAGCUUGGGUGGCGUGCCCGAGCAUUGAGACAGGACAGCGCCUAUCCCUACCAAGGAUGCAUCCACCUCCACUACGAACGGUAGUGAUGGAUCGGGAUGAGCCAGUAGCGGGGCUGAGGGGAACAGAACCCUCAGGUUACUGAGGACCCUGUCAGCCUCAGCAGACCAGCAGAGGUGGGACGGCCCACCCUUCAACAGAGAUGUGAUGGGAGCUGCGACCUUGCCAAAGCCCUGGAUAAAACUCCGAUAGUAGUUGGCAAAGUCAAUAAAGCGCUGCACCUCCUUUACCGUGGUUGGGGUUGAUGCGCAUGGUGGUGGAAGUGUCUGGACUUUCCACCGUGGUUGCACCAACGGAAACAGCUAUUCACCUACCCUGACACUCUCGCGACCACCCCGUGAGAACCGUCUGCGGCCAUUGAAAGGUGGGGUUGUGUAAUGUUAACCAGGGAAGACCCAACACAACAGGGAAAUCGGGGGACAAAAUAAUAAAAAAUGUGACGUGCUCUCUAUGGGUCCUUUGGGUAACCAUCGUGACUGAUGCUGUAACUUCCCAAACAAACCCUGACCAUAAUGGUCGACUGUCAAGUGCUUUGAUGGGCAGUGGAGUGGUUAGGGGAACCAAUGGAAUACCUAGACUUAGAGCUAACGACCUGUCCAUAAAGUUCCCAUCUGCGCCUGAAUCGACCAGCGCCUUACACUGGGAAACUACAGGGUAGUUAGGGAAGGUGACGUGUAUGGUGCAGUGUGCAGCAGAGGGCUCUUACCGAGUGUUGGUUUUCGCUACCUGGGGUGAUGCGAGAGUGCCCUGCCUGCCGCCUCCAGACCCGGAAGAACCCUGACGACAGCGUGCAGUAUAAUGUCCUCUUCUGCCACAAGAGUGACACUGAAGCUGUCCUCCUCCGUUCUCCCGGAUCGCUGCCCCACCCAGCUCCAUCGGAACGGACUCCGAGUUGGGGGGGGGGGGGGUGAAAAGUGCAGGCCACUACCAGGACGUCCUCUAGCAGCCAGCAGGUUGUCCAACCGGAUGGCCAUGCCCACCAGCUGGUCGAAGGUUAACAUGGCAUCCCGGCAGGCUAGUUCCCUUCGGACGUCCUCUCGCAGGCUGCACCGGAAUCCGUCGAUCAGGGCCCGCUCGUUCCACCCGGACCCAGACGCCAGGUUCCGAAACUCCAGGGCGAAGUCCUGCGCUGUCCUCGUCCCCUGCCUCAGUUGGACCAGACGAACUCCCCGAAUUUGUCAAACGCGGUUCUUCCUUCUCUCCAGACCGCGUUGGCCCUCUCCAGGGCUUUCCCCGAGAGGCAGGAGACGAGGGUAGACACCUUCUCCCGCUCCGAUGGAGCCGGGCUGAUGUUCACGAAGUAGAGGUCCAGCUGCAGGAGGAAUCCCUGGCAGCGGGCAGCCGCCCCGUCAAACUCCCUCGGUCGGGAUAGAUGAAUCCCUCGGGGUGCUGGAGUGUGGGUAGCCAGAUCUGGUCGCACAGCUGGUCCCGACAGGUUGGGUCAUCUCCUAUCUAGGCGUUGAACGACCUGGAGAACCCGAUCCAUCGCUUCUCCCAAGCUGGCUAGCAUCCUGGAAUGCUCGGGGACCCGUGCCAAGACUCCAGCCAUGGGCUCUUCUCCUGCUAACUCCAUGGCAGGUGUGUGAUUCUGUGGCGAUUUGAUUUGAAGGAGUCAGGCGCAGGAGGGUAAAUCACAGAAUAACAGGUUUAUUCCGUUGACACAGCGGUACGCAGCAAGGCGUCAAACACUCCAGUGCGGAAAAUUACAGUGCACUGGAAAAAACAAGGCACACAGGUGAAUAUCCCGGCAAUACAAAAUACAAGAGCUCCACCGACGCUAAACUAACCUCCACAAUAAACAAUCACACAGAAAGACAAGGGAGCAGAGGGAACACUUAUACAGGUACUGAUGAGGGGAAUUGAAACCAGGUGUGUGUAAUAAACAAGACAAAACAAAUGGAAUGAUGAGAUGAGGAGCGGCAGUGGCUAGAAGACCGGUGACGACGAACGCCGAAGCCUUCCCGAACAAGGAGAGGAGGCAGUUUCGGAGGAAGUCGUGACAGUAUGACAAAAUCAACAGUACAAAACCAAAGAUAUUGAUCUGUUUUUUAACAAUUGAUCUUGUGUCAUCGUGUUGACUAUAAACUUGUAUACUAACAUCACCAAUCUGAGGUAUAAAGGAUGUGUAAUUCCCCCCCAAUUCCAUGUGGUCAAAACGUCAGCUUGUGUAAUGUAGUAACACAUUGUCCACACAUCAUGGAAAGUAGCGAAAUUAACCACAUUUCUAUUUAGCUAAAUAAUACAAAACACAAAAGGAUUAAUAGUCUCAAUUGCUUUACUGACAAUAGUGCAAUAUUUAACUAAAUCAGAUGUUCAGAUCUACAAAUGUUUGAUAUUUAACAUUAGUUAAAGAGGGUAGUUGUUGAAAGUCCAGCAUAGAUGAACAGCCGACAUGUUGAUGAUGCAAUUUACUCUAAAAGGUCAAAGGUAAUGCAGUAGCACGGGAGUGCGCAGUGCUUCUCAAAUGUAAAAUGUAUGCGUUCUCCACACUCUCGUCCUAAUAAGAACGUACUCAAGAAAAGAACCUCGAAGAACGCACUCAGAGCAUGGGAGUAUGCAUAUUGAGAAACACCCACAGAUACGCAGUCUAAUUAGCAAUUUAAUGUUAUUUUUUCAUCAUUCCAAACAAAUAAAAUAAAAUGUUAUUUGUCACAUGCUUCGUAAACAACAGUGAAAUGUUUACUUACGGGCCCUUCCCAACAAUGUAGAGAGAAAGAUGAAAACAUUAUAGAAAAAAAUUAUAACACAUGGAAUAAAUACACAACUUACUAGUAAAUACACAGCUAUGAAAAAUAUAAAUGAAAACUGUCUUGGUAAAUAGUAUGGUCUGCAGCUUAUCAUGAGAUAUUCUAACUCAGGCGAGCAAAAACUUUGUUAACAGAGACACACCCCUCCCCCCUCAUCUUUUCAGUUAAUUUAUUUAAAUCAUGAAGCUCAUCUUCCUUUACUGUGGUGCAGGAAAAUUCUCAGCAACAAAAGAGUGAUCAAAUUAAGAUCCUACAUAUGUACAGUAUAUAAAGAUAUGAAGUGAAAGUUGCCUGAACCAUGGCAAUUACCCCUCUCUGUCUCUGAAUGACUGACCUCCCUCUCUCCUCUCUGUGUCUACACAGACAGCAGUCUUUAUUUAAUAUCCUGUCUGCCUAUUCAGUCUACAACACGGUGAGUUUGUGUUAGUCUUCCCUCAGUCAUAAAUAAUGUCAAUAUUUACGUAAUGUUUGCAUUAGGAUUCAUCCCAAUGUUCAGCAAUGAACUGCUUUGUAACACUAAAACUAGUGGCAACUGAGCUGCCUCCAGCUUUAAGGUGACGAAACCUACAUCAGGACAAAUGUAGCCUGGUGAUCAAUGUGACCUAGUUUGACCUCUAUCCUCUGACCCUAUAGGAGGUGAGCUACUGCCAGGGCAUGAGCCAGGUCGCCGCCUUGCUGCUGAUGUACAUGAACGAGGAAGACGCAUUCUGGGCCCUGUCACAGCUACUGACCAAUCAGAAGCAUGCCAUGCACGGUGAGCUGACCAAUAAGAUAUCCCGUAAACAUUGAUUCAACCAAUCAGAUAUGUCAUGCAUGGUGGUCCGACCAAUCAAUAAUAGGAAUCAGCGACAUUACCAGUGAAUUAAUAUAUGAAUAUGUAAAAAAACUUCAUAAAGAAAUGGAAUUACAGUAAUUGACUAGUAAGUACAUUCUGUUAUGGAGUUCUAGCCACUCGAUUUAUCUGUGUGUUUACACAAGGUAAUGAAGCAGUCUAAUCAUGCACUCUCCCUCUCCUUCUCCCUCUAAGGUUUCUUUAUUCCUGGGUUUCCCAAACUGCAGCGCUUCCAGACGCACCACGAUCAGAUUCUCUCCAAACUCAUCCCCAAACUGAAGAAACAUCUGGUUAGAUCACUGUUUAGGUUGCCUUCACACACACAACCACAUACAUGCAUACACACAUUACGUAAUGGCAUUAUUAUGUUUCAUAAUAGUGAGGUUAUUACAGUAAUUGCAUAUAGUUACAUGAAAUGUGUGUUACUGUGUAGAAAUGACCAUUGUUCUUUCUACUCUUCUUCCCUCUCUUUCUCCUCUCUCCCCCUCAUUUUCUUUCUUCCUCCAUCCCCUCUCUCUUUUUCUCUCUCCCUCCAUCCCUCUCUCCCUCUGUCUCUCUAGGACAGGGAACAGAUGUCCUGUGGGAUCUACAGCACUAAAUGGUUCCUGCAGUGUUUCAUUGACAGGGUGAGAGAAAGUGUGUUUAAAAUUUAAAAUUUUAAAGGACCGGUGCCAUUUUUAGCCGAUUUUAAAUAACUCUUCCUUUUAGUGGCCCGUGACAACCAAGAACUCCUCUCCUUAAAGGUACAAUCUAGGAUCUGGGAUUGCUGACAACGAUUGCCAUAUUGUAACUUUUAGCAGAGGAGAAAGUAGUCAAAGAAUUGAUGCUGUGAGCCUCAUAUUCAACUGACAAUAGUAACUCUAAAAUAGCAGAAUUGCAAUUGUAUUCAUGGACAUUCAUUCAUUUCACAUGAUUACAACUCUAAGCAGGAUGAACUUACAAGGUAAAACUCAUUUCAGCAUUUAUUAGUGUUGUUAACUGCGUAUAAAGGGAACAUAACAUAAGCAUAAUCACAAGGCUUAAUAACUACUCAGUGUGUACUCUACUCUGUUCAUACACACAAUCCUGUGGCUUUGGUGGUUUGGAGAGAGACAUGCUGCUGUCAGCGCUUCUCAGUCCCGCUGGGGCCAACCACAGAGAUGGGGCUGGGGCUGUGGGUUGGGAGGGACGGCCACCAAGCCCCCUCACUACCACGGGACUAGAGGCAGGGGGCGGAGGGAGAAAGAGAGGGAGAAAGAGAGGGAGAGAAAGAUGAAGACAAAACAAAUAAUUAGCCUAGUAAUCAAUGAUUAUGUCAUGGAUCGAUAAUGGUAAUUUUGGGGAUGAUAAGCCUAUGUGCUUACAGAUAGCAAAACAAUCUUAUUAAUGUACACUAUGUGAACUCAUGACUUAUGAUAUUGUGGUCUUUUUGGACACCAUUGAUUUUAAGAACAGUUUUACCACUUUGUGAAUGGGAAAUAAUUUUUCUUGGAAGUCAGAUAUCUUCUUUCCCUCUCCUCAUAGACCCCGUUCACCCUGACUCUACGCCUGUGGGACAUCUACAUUCUGGAAGGAGAGAAAAUUCUUACUGCCAUGUCCUACACCAUCCUUAGAAUAUUUAAGAGUAAGGAGUGCAUCUACCAUUAACAAGUAUCCUUUUGGCUACUUUAGCCUAUUAGCUAUUAGCUACUCAUUACAUAACUCUUAGCUAAUACAAUAUUAAUCUCAGCUAUGCAUAUUUGACUCCUGUCCUGUGUCUCUGUUAGAGCAGAUAUAAUGCCAAUGAAGUUGACUCCUGUCCUGUUUGCUGUAUCUGUGUGUCAACAGAACGUCUCCUGAAGAUGAAUCUGGAGGACCUGAGAGAGUUCCUUCAGGAGAAGAUCGCCCUGUCGUUCCUCUACAGUGAUGAUGUCAUCAUCGAUCAGCUGCAGGCCUCCAUGGCGGAACUAAGCAAGAUGAAGCUGGACUUUCCACCCCCAGGUAACACACUGCUUAGCUGAUUUUUAUGUACUGUUUGACAAGGAUAACUAUUUUAAAUCAGUAGAAAAUGCAGAGACCAAACAUCUCAUGAGGGCUUGUCAAUGAGCUCCCCCAUGUGGAGAGAAAUUAGGUCAUAUAAUGACCAUUUGAUACUGGUUAGUUACACUACCAGUCAAAAGCUUGGACACACUUACUCAUUCAAGGGUUUUUCUUUAUUUUUGUAGAAUAAUAGUGAAGCCAUCAAAACUAUGAAAUAACACAUAUGGAAUCAUGUAGUAAACAAAAAAGUGUUAAACAAAUUAAAAUAUUUUAUAUAUGAGAUUCUUCAAAUAACCAUCCUUUGCCUUGAUGACAUCUUUGCACACUCUUGGCAUUCUCUCAACCAGCUUCACCUGGAAUGCUUUUCCAACAGUCUUGAAGGUGUUUCCACAUAUGCUGAGCACUUGUUGGCUGCUUUUCCUACACUCUGCGGUCCGACUCAUCCCAAACCAUCUCAAUUGGGUUGAGGUUGGGGGAUUGUGGCGGCCAGGUCAUCUGAUGCAGCACUCCAUCACUCUCCUUCUUAGUCAAAUAGCCCUUACACAGCCUGGAGGUAUGUUGGGUCAUUGUCCUGUGGAAAAACAAAUGAUAGUCCCACUAAGCCCAAACCAGAUGGGAUGGCAUAUCACUGUAGAAUGCUGUGGCAGCCAUGCUGGUUAAGUGUGCCUUGAAUUCUAAAUAAAUCACAGACAGUGUCUCCAGCAAAGCACCCCCACACCAUAACACCUCCUCCUCCAUGCUUUACGGUGGGAAAUACACAUGCAGAGAUCAUCCGUUCACCCACACAGCGUCUCACAAAGACAUGGCGGUUGGAACCAAAAAUCUCCAAUUUGGACUCCAGACCAAAGGACACAUUUCCACUCGUCUAAUGUCCAUUGCUUGUGUUUCUUGGCCGAAGCAGGUCUCUUCUUCUUAUUGGUGUCCUUUAGUAGUGGUUUCUUUGCAGCAAUUCGACCAUGAAGGCCUGAUUCACGCGGCCCCCUCUGAACAGUUGAUGUUGAGAUGUGUCUGUUACUUGAACUCUGAAGCAUUUAUUUGGGCUGCAAUUUCUGAGGCUGGUAACUCUAAUGAGAGACAGUUUCAUCAUAGCGCUUGAUGUUUUUUGCGACUGCACUUGAAGAAACUUUAAAAGUUCUUGAAAUGUUCCGUAUUGACAGACCUUCAUGUCUUGAUGGACUGUCGUUUCUCUUUGCUUAUUUGAGCUGUUCUUGCCAUAAUAUGGACUUGGUCUUUUACCAAAUAGGGCUAUCUUCUGUAUACCCCCCCUACCUUGUCCACAACUGAUUGGCUCGAACACAUUAAGAAGGAAAUAAAUUCCACAAAUUAACUUUUAACAAGGCACACCUGUUAGUUGAAAUGCAUUCCAGGUGACUACCUCAUGAAGCUGGUUGAGAGAAUGCCAAGAAUGUGCAAAGCUGUCAUCAAGGCAAAGGGUCGCUAUUUGAAGAAUCUCAAAUAUAAAAUAUAUUUUGAUUUGUUUAACACUUUUUUGGUUACUACAUGAUUCCAUAUGUUAUUUCAUAGUUUUGAUGUCUUCACUAUUAUUCUACCAUGUAGAAAAUAGCAAAAAAUAAAGAAAAACCCUGGAAUUGAGUAGGUGUGUCCAAACUUUGACUGGUACUGUAGUUGUGUGGUAUUUUUGAAAGAGGGUACCCAUAAUUACCAUUUAAUGUUUAAGCAUAAACCAGGUAAACACUUACUUACCAACUGAAACAGAACUGUAAAGCAAAGCAUAGUUCCUAUAAUUUACCUCAGUUUUAAUGUUCCUGUGUUUUAUUUCUAGCCAAGCCAGAGGAGCUGCCAUGGAAGGCCCUGGGUUUGGAGCUACCUGUUCUGCUCACCCCUCUCAAGCCCCCCAGUGGAGUCACCCCUGACCCGGGUACCAAACGACCAGGAGCAGGAGGUCUGGGUCUCCACCUCAUCACCCACCAGCCAGAAGUCAUCUCCCAAGAUGACAGCCCCUCUAAGGAGGACAGGAAGGACAAGGAAGCUCUCAAUAGGGAGGAAGAGGAAGACCCCAUUCUCAUCCACACCAUCCAGGCUCAAGUGACCCCCGAUGGGCCUCCCCAGGCUGGGGCUGGGCCACCACCUUAUGAGCCACCAGGGGGCAAUGAGCACAAUGUUAUGGGACAGCCUGCCAUUCUUAUGCCACUCCACAAAGAAAAAAGUGUUGAGCGCUCCUCUGGUCCAGUGGCUUUACUAGAGACACAGGUCGUAGUUCAACAGGGUACAAACACACCUCCACAAUACCCCAUGGAGGAGCCGACCCUGACUGCCCCAGUUGCCCCCUUAUCUCUUAGCCCUCCCCAGCUGCCCUGCAGGGUCCCCCGGACUCGCCCAGCAGCCUACGGGCCUGGCCCAUAGUGAGAGCCGAUUGGUGGGUGUGGGGGAGAGGGCGGAGGAUGGGUACCUGGCCAGGCUUUUGGAGCAGGCCUUGGCUCUGCCAAACACAAGGCCCAGACAGGAGACACAGGAGAGCCAGGAGACCCAGAAGGGCCAGUUCGAUUCCAGAGCAUUGUAA